AUGGCCUGUCUGUUGUUCGUGUACGCGCGCACGUCGAUCCAAGCCGCGAAACGCAACGCGCAGCGCCACCGCGAGGCCGACGGCGGGCAGAUCAACUGGCGCAACGAGAGCCUGCGACGACACGGCGUCCUGGAACCGCCCGAGGACCAAGGGGUCGUGCAUCAGCUGAUGCUGGGCCGGGGGGGCAAAGACGGAGCGUUUGAAGAGGCGCACAAGGCAGCAGAGAGUGAAGCGUCAAACACUCCUGGUGACGAGGCGCUAAAGAAGAGAAUGGGGUAUUUGGGGAAGCGGUCACCGGAAGAUGAAGAAUGAAGAAUGAAGAAUGAAAAUG